ACUUCGCAUUCAGUCGAGAAUUUAUACCUAAUAGUAGCGGGUUGGAAGUUACCAGAAUGCCGUUUAGACCAGCCAAUUUCUACGAUGCUGAUCUCAAAGUCUGGAGCGGUGGCAAAUUGGAAUACUACUUUGACCCACAUCUGUCCAUCGGGGAAAUAAUCUUUGAAGAGAUGCGGCGGCAUCCCCAGCUCAUAGCUCAGAUCUCGGCUACGGAGAACACGAUACUGACCAGGGCGGAGCUCCAUGCCAACUCAAUGCACGUGGCCAGCUUUAUGCGACUAGAGGGACUUCUCCAAUCCGAUGUGGUGGGCAUUAUAGCCAGAAAUACCACCCAUAUGUCCGCUGUUGCCUACGCCUGCUUCUUUAAUGGAAUCGCCUUCCAUUCGCUCAACAUAUCAUACGAACAGAGUACCAUCGAAAAGCUAUUCAAGAUCACCAAGCCUCGACUUAUUUUCUGUGAUGGGGAUGAGUUCGAGAAGGUUCGAGCUGCCACAGCUCAACUAGAUGUGAAGAUCAUCACUAUGCGUAAUCAUCCUCUGGAUUCCAUCCGUAUCAAUGAAGUUCUGGCCACUCCCAUUGAGGAAAACUUUCGGCCAAUUCGACUGGAACAGGGCAACGAUCAGACCCUAGCAAUUCUCUGCUCCUCCGGCACAACGGGAAUUCCAAAGGCUGUGACCAUAACAAAUAGUCGACAGAUCCUAAAUUGCAGCCACUUUUUGACCACCAAGGACGUUCAGUACACCCACAGUACGCUCGACUGGAUUACCGGUCUUCUGACCACCGUCACAUCCGGUGUCUUCAGCACCAAACGUAUCAUAGCGGAUAAUAUCUUCGAUCCAGCUUUCUUUAUGCGACUCGUGGAGGAGCACCAGAUCACGUGGAUACUCCAGGCGCCUGCCCAGAUGGCCAUGAUGGCCAACUCACCAGCUUUCGGAACUUCCGACUUGUCCAGUUUGCGAUACUACCUCUUCGGAGGAUCUCGGGCUUCGGUGGAGACCCAGCAUCUCAUCCGCGGUCGCCUUCGCGAGGACUGCCUACACUUUGCCUACGGGUUCACAGAGCUGGGCAGCAUGGCCUCCAUGAACUUUCACUUCGACGAGAAGCCCAACUCGGUGGGUCGUUUGGUGGCAGGACUGAAGCUGAAGGUGAUCUGCGAAAAGGGAGAGUCCCUUGGGCCCAAUAAGGUAGGAGAGCUGUGCCUCUGCAAUGAUCAAUACUGGGCCGGGUAUUACGGCAAUCCGGAGGAAACACACAAGAUGCGGGACCCACAAAUGUGGUUCCACAGCGGGGACCUCGGAUUCGUCGAUGAUGAUGGGUUCAUAUUCAUUGUGGAGCGCAAGAAGGAUAUGCUCAAGUACCAGAACAUCAUGUACUAUCCCAAUGAUAUCGAGAGUGUCAUAUCGGAGAUGCCAGACGUGGCAGAGGUCUGUGUCUUCGGGGUGUGGAAUCAGAUCAACGGGGACGAGGCUACCGCCGCGGUGGUUAAAAAACAAGGCAGUUCCCUUACGGCCCAGGACAUUGUGGAUUACGUGGCAACUCAUAUCGAAGCCAAGUACAAGCAGUUGAACGGAGGAGCCAUCAUCGUGGAGGAUCUGGUGCGCAGUCCCAAUGGCAAAACCAACCGCAUGGCAAACAAGGCGUUCUUCUUGGAUGCCAAGAAUUCAAACUAAACAACAAUUUUUUAAAAACAAUUUCUAUAUUUUUUGUAUCAAAGAAUUAUCAAAAAAUAAUAUAUUUUUAAAAGAGCCAAUAAAGUGUCCCUAAUGAACCUA